CUAAUCAUAAUUAGAAAUUUAGAACCAGGUAGCACAAGUAAAUCAAUCAAUCACAUAGUGGCGGCAGACAGUUAUAAAGUUGGUUAAAAUAAUUUUUAUCUGCGUUUCGAUUCCGAUUUGGUAUAUCAAUCUCCAAAUCUUCCUCAAUGUUCCAUAGCAACACUCUACCGAUCUCAAUCUCCGACGACGAAACCGAUGAACUAGGUCGAAUGCGCGUUCGUGCUCGCCGUAAACGGAAGAAACUCGGUAACAAACGUUUCUUCAAGAAGCUUCUUGUUAAAUACUGGAUGUUACUCAUCAUUAUUCCAGCUGCGUUUUUACUCUUUUACGAAAUUACACGAAUUGGUUUAAGACCUGGUAGUUCUAGUUCUUCUUCCAACAAUGCUUCAACAACGAGGAAUCAAGAUCAUGAUGAUCGAUCUAAAGAUACCAUUGUUAAAACUAACUUGAAUCGUCUUGAUCCUACUACUCAUGUUGUUGCUGGUGUUAGAGAACGUUGUUUGAAGCUUCUACCACCUGAAAAACUUGAGCAACUAGAGAUUACCGUGGAAGAAGAAUCUAGUUUACCUAUUGGUAAAGUCUUGUAUAUGUCAGCGACUGAUGCGUCUUUAAUAGGAGGGAAUGCUACAUUGUCUCAAUUGCGUGCAGAGGAUACGAGUUUUAAUUUAUUUACUGGAAAUCAAACAUUUGAGGAAAGAGAUAGAAGUUUUGAGGUGAAAGAAACUACGACGGCACAUUGUGGGUUCUACAGUGCGAAUGGUGGGUUUAGAAUAUCAGAUAAAGAUAAAAGUUUCAUGCAAGGUUGCAAAGUGGUGGUAUCUACUUGUGCAUUUGGUGGCGGAGAUGAUCUCUAUCAACCGAUUGGAAUGUCAGAGGCUUCACUUAAGAAGGUUUGCUAUGUAGCAUUCUGGGAUGAAAUCACACUAAAAGCGCAGGAAUUAGUGGGUCGCAGAGUUGGGGAUAAUGGAUUUGUUGGAAAGUGGCGUGUUAUUGUCGUUCAGGAUCUUCCUUUUUCUGAUCAAAGGUUGAAUGGUAAAAUUCCCAAGAUGUUAAGCCAUCGCCUUUUCCCUCAAGCAAAAUACUCUAUUUGGGUAGACUCCAAGUCCCAAUUUAGGAGGGACCCACUGGGUGUGUUGGAAGCACUCCUUUGGCGCACAAGUUCUGUACUUGCCAUAUCAGAACAUGGAGCUCGUAGUAGUGUCUAUGAUGAGGCUAAGGCUGUUGUCAAGAAAAACAAAGCGAAGCCAGAGGAAGUUGAAGUGCAACUGAAUCAAUACAGAAAAGAUGGCAUGCCUGUAGACAAGAGAUUUAAUGGAAAGAAAGCUCUAUGUGAAGCCUCUGUUAUCGUGAGGAAGCAUACACCACUAACUAAUCUAUUGAUGUGCGUCUGGUUUAAUGAGGUGGUUCGCUUCACGUCUAGGGAUCAGCUCAGCUUCCCAUAUGUUCUCUGGCGGUUGAAAGCAUUUAAAAAUAUUAACAUGUUCCCUGUCUGCACUCGCAAGGAUCUGGUCAAUAGCAUGGGACACAUCCGCAAAGCAAAACCAUUGCAAAACUGAUUUAGUUAAAUUUGGUUGAAGCAAUGCCUAGCUGUAGUUUUCUAACUUAUUCCUUAUUUCAUUUGUUCAUUAGCCAAUUCAAAUCAGGUAUAUGUGUUAUUUUUCUUGUCCAUCUCUCUUCCUCUCCUCUCAUAAUCGGUAUAGGUUAUAGUUUGUACUGAUUGUUUACUAUGAGCUCUUUGAGUAGGUGCUAUUCCAGAAAAGAGAUUUUGCUUUGGAUU